ACCUGCAAGGCUACAAUGGUGCCCAAGAAAGGGAGGGGAGAUUAGCCAUUCGUUCCGGUCAGUAAAGACAAGCAGAAGGAGGCGGAGCUGAAGUUUUGCGGCUUUAAGUGGGUUACGAAGGGGCAGACGAUGCCGAAUUCGAAUGGCAAUUUCCUCAUGGAGUGCAAGCUGUGUGGUCAGGGUUUUCAGGGGAGCCAGACGAAAGCCGCACAGCACUUCACGAUCAAGAACAAUUGCGUCAAAAUCUCCAUGGAGCAGAUGGCGGAGAUAUGGAACAAGACAAAGUACGGGUUCAAUCCAAGCCAUGCACGGAAGAUCGUGGAGUUUCUGAAGUCUCGUGGGUUGCGAGACAACAGAUGUGGAUCGGGGAGGGAGCCAGCGGGGAAUGAGGAGUUUGAGGACAGCGAGGAGGAGAGGAGGGCGGUCGAGGGUGGAGAUGAUGAUGGUGAGAGUGAUGCAGAGGACAUGGAGGUGCGGCGAGAGGUGGAGCGUGCCAGGGGAAAGCUGAGGAAGGAGAAGGCCGUUGACGAGGACAACACCCCUGACGAGGACGCCGACGCCGACGAUGACGAUGAGGGAGGGGCAGCUAGGGCGAUGAAGGAGGCUGCGGGAUCGAAGAAGAGAAAGAGGAAGGCGAAGAUGACUACCACUGAGGCGAGAUCAACACCUUCUCAGCCCAAAAAGAGCAGAGUUCUUCGACAGAAGUCCAUGCUCGAGACCUUCGAUCCAGUGUGGCAACGAGAAUUCUCGGACUCCGUCCUACAGUGGUGGUACGUAAGCAGCAUCCCAUUCGAGGCGGCGAGGAGGCUUAAGUAUCAUAGGAUGAGGAAGAAGUUGCUCGAGUGUCCGCCGUAUGCACAUCCGGCAUUACCCACGCACCGUGUCAUUUCGUGCGAAGGCAUCCCUCAGCAGCAGCGAGUUGUGGCAGACAUGGUGGCCGCCAUACGCAGGGACAUUGAGGCGACGGGAGCGACCAUCCUCACGGAUCGUCGCAAGUCCAUCACGAGCGACCAGAUAGUCAACUUCCUUGCUGCUGGUCCCACGGGCACGUACCUUUUUAGGACUGUGCAACGGGAUGGUGCUGUUCAGAAGACAACAGAGGCCGUAGUGGAGCGAUGGAAGGACGUGUUCGACAAGUUUGGUGUCGACAAGGAUGGGCGCGACGGGAGCCUCAGGAAGAGGAAGGACACCAUCAUCAAGGCUCGAGCUGUCGUGCGUUUCAUCAGAGAGCACGGGGCGGCUCUAAGCCUUUAUCGACGGUUCUCUGCCGCCUACCCCUCUUCCGCCUCCGCGGCGGCUGGUGAUUCGAGCUCUGCGCCACCCUCGUCUCAGCGGCGAGGCAGGGAGCUUGUGUACCCUAUGCAGACGAGGUUUGCCACCCACUACUUGAUGCUGGAGAUGCUGCUGGAGAUGCUGCUGGAUCGUCGCAGAGCGUUGGAGUUGUUGAUGCUGAGCGACGAUUGGCUGCGGACUGCAUGGAGGAGGUCCAUUUUUCUGCAGGCCAGAUGGGUGCGUCAUCAGGUGCGGUACGCGCCAUUCUGGGAGCACGUGGAGGACAUCGUGGCGCUCAUGACGCCUGUGAUGCAGUUGCUACGACGUUUGGACAGGGGGGGUCGCGUGAUGACUCGCAUGUGGUCGUGGGGUUUUGUCAUGAUCGACAGGGUGGCGAGAGCAAGCCUCAACAGGACGUCAAAGGACGAGCUCCACAUCGUUGUUCAGGCUUGUCAGGCGCGGCUGGCGGAGUUUCAUUCUCGGGAGGGCGAUUGGACGUAUGGAGGGGCCGAGGGAGACAGGGAUGGGGCCGCCUGCAAAGGGGAGAAGGAGACGUCACAGGUGAAGAGGCGUAAUCAGCUUGGUUUCAUCAAGCUGACUCGUUUGGUGGAGAUAUCCACCAACUUGAGAUUGAGUCGUUGUCAGAGGAGGGGUUCUGGGUAUGUUCUUCCAUGGGAGGACGCUGAGGAGGAGACAGAGGAUGCUAUUCCUCCGCCUCCUGAUGAGGGUGUUCAGCCGGCUGACCGAGUCACCGAGGCACAGCGCGACCGGCAGGUCCAGCGCGGGCGGAAGGAUCGCCUCUCAAAGGCACCUCCCAGCGUCACGACGUAUUUCGCUCGUCGCGCCAUGGUGCUCAUGGCGCAUGAGUUGGAGUUGGUGUACGAUCCCGAGCUUGAUCCCAUGGCUCAGGACGCGAUGGAGGCCGAGCCGUGGUCCGAUCCGGACGACCUGGCCGUGGAGUCAGAGCCAGAAGGUUCUCAUGACGAUGACGACGACACUCCUCUCAACCAGAUUCCGCGUCCUCGCACACGUGCGUCCACGGCGGCCGCUGCGCCGUCUCCCGCAGCACGCCCUCCUUCGAGUGCUCCCGACAUCUCACAGCCAGGCCCGGCGGAACAGGGAGGGACUCACGAGUGUGUCGACGAGGGAGACAACGGCGAUGGCGAUGAUAGGGAGGGAUAUGAGGGCAGCAGUGAGGAUGAGGAUGAUCCCUGUUAUUCCCCGACACGCGGACAUGGUGAUGACGACGACGACGAGGGCGGCGACGGUGGACGGGCUGUGGGUGGUUUGCGGAAGUCCGAGAGACAGGGUGGCGACCGAUGCAGUGGUGCAGGCAGGGGAGGCAGCGGGCCGGGUGUCGAGGGUGCAGGGCGCACAGGUGGUGCAGGGCGUGCUGGCACAGGAAAAGUAAGGCGAGAGUCUGCAUCGUCCACUCGCACUGUGCAUUGGGUUGAUGAGGAGAGGCCCGCUGAGGCAGUUGUGGUUGCUCCCUCCCUUGCAGAGUUCGCUGCGGCGUCUCCAGAGGGCGCAACGGCGUCUGCGGAGGGUCCAAGCGGGUUUGCAGGUGGUAGUGGCGAUGCUGGAGAGGUUGGGAGGCCAUCUGCACAGGUGGGUGUCAGUUUCAGUGAUAGCAUUUUUUAUGUUUCGUUAGGGCAUCCUCCGACACCGGCAGGGGAGCGUGUCGGUGUCGGCGUGGACGCAGCAGCCACGCCCGUCAGUCAGAUACUUCGUGACAUACCUUCAUGCAGCACGGGCGACAUCAGUAGUAGCAUGUUGCAGGAGGCAGCAGAGGGGGCACCGGGUCGGUCGGGGCAGCACGAGCGUGCAGCUGGGGAUGAUGGGGAGUGUCGACCUAUGCAGGAGCGGGCGACAGAGUCAGAGCAGGACAGGAUCGACCUCGAGGAGAGGAGGAGGGCGCAGAGGUUGGCUAGCCGCUGCGAGAUGACGCAGAGUGUUGCAUUGAGGGGACGUGUAACGCGGAUGCUCGAGACGGGCGUUGAGGCAGGUGAUGAAGAGGGCGAGUGCGGCGCUGCGGGCAUAGGGGAUGCGGGCGAGAGACCUGCGUCGCCAGUUCAGGGUGUUUGCGUAUUGCCUCUCGGUGGGGCCAUGUCGGCGGGGGAGUUGGAGCGGCAGGCACGGGAGGACCCGAGGCACGCAACAGGAUGGCAGGAGAGGGUCUCCGACCGAGCGACGGAUCAGCCCAUGAGCGCACCUGCUGAGGUGACGUUGCCACAUACUGCAGGGCGUAUAGCGGGCACCGGCGACCACGCCGAGCACAGUACGCCCCUCGGGAGGAGCAUGGCUGCACGUAUAUUGCGGGAGGAUGUGAGGGCAGCGACAGCGCAGCAACCGUCACAGGCGCCAGUCGUUUGGGAGUCUGUCACAGACGAUUUGGAGAUGCAUUAUGGCCAGCGAAGGAGGGUUUCCGUGUACGAUCAUCUUCGACCACAGGGAGGGGUUGAGGCGGCGCCACAGGGGGAGAUUCAUGCUCCGGAUACUACGCACGCGCCGGCAGGCGGCACGGGUCGUGGGGAUGGUGUGACAGGUGUGGUGCCGCAGAGGAGGAGGAAGGACAUUGUGGACGACGAUGAUGCAUAGUUCCACCGUUAGUCUUCUUUCAUCCUCUGAUUCGUAGUAGUGUACAGUAUAUUUAGGGCUUGA